ACAAUAAAUGUAGAAUUUUACGCUGUUUUUUUAAAUAUUAUACUGUGCUUUGAUGUAUUUUAAGCGGUGAAAGUUGUAUUCUAAAAAAAAAAAAAGAUUCAUAGAAAUCCGAGGCCCCCUAAUAACGAAAACCAUGGGCAAUUUAUUCAUCUAUCUUGCCUAAUGGUGAAUAUGAUUCUGUGCGAUAGUCGGUGGACGGUGGCUUUCCGAUUAUCGGUAACGCGUUCGUGUGCUGCGUGCGGGCAAGGUUUGUAGGAGAUUACCAAUAAACAUUGGUGCGUGGGCUUGUGCGAGGCAUAGAAGAAUGACGAAACGCAUUAAACAGCGAGAGAGAGAGUUAAUCGAGGAAACGAUGACGCGACGGAGGAAUUCACGUUUGCACCUACUUAAAACCCGGGUCAAAAGGAGAUAGGCUCGGUUCGCAUUGAUUAAAAUCGGGUUAUCGUAAGCUACGUUUGCCGAAGUGCCAUGAUCCGAAAUCGCAAACGCUACUCCGGUCGAACAGAUUCAACGAGAACGAUGGCCAAACAAUGAAUUUUCAGUAAUAAUAGCCCAUUUUAUUAAUAAUGAUACUCCAUGAUAACAGUACCUAUGUAAAAAUGCAGUGUUCACAUGUUCUUUCACUUUCUGCCCCGUUGUACGCGUAUCAUAAUAUUGAUAUAAAUAAAAACAGGUGUAUAUAUUUGUAUGUAUAUAUAUAUUUAUAGAAGCUAAUAGUGACGUGAUGAUCACGUCUACCAGCUCUGCGCCCGCAUUAUUAUCAACAUAUUCGUGUUCAGCAACAAGUUGUUAUUUUCAUUUUCCUCUUACUCCCUCUCCCACUCCCCUUCACCGUUUCACGAACUCCGUUGCAGUUUUUCCAUUCUUUUUUCUUCUUUUUUUAUCGUAGUAUAUCCUUCCCUCUCUCUCCGCCACGCUCAAUGUUGCAGGCACUCCGCACUAUUAACAAUAAUUUACUCUCUAUUAUCGCGGCCUAUGUUUUGUCGGCGAUAAACAACUACCGUCGUUGUUGAAGAACAAUCAUCCCGGUGAUACGACGACGCUGCGACAUGAACAGCAGCUAUUCCAGUGGGAUAUUUCAAUCGCCAGAGUACACGAGUUUCAGAUGCAAUGUACCGCUCAAACAAAUCAUAUUGGACGACACCGGCACGAACAAGGGAUGGAGAGUGUAUGACACGGGUCCACGCUCGGUUGAGACUCCAAUGGUGUUUUUGCAUCCAGUUAGCGGACGAGCCGAAGUGUUUUUUAAACAACUGCUAGCUCUCAGUUCUAAAGGUUACCGUGUCAUAUCAGCUGAGAAUCCACCGUACUGGAGUGUGACUGAAUGGUGUGAAGGAUUUAUGCAACUGUUAGAUCAUAUGGACAUCAAGCAAGUGCAUUUAUUCGGUGCAUCUUUAGGUGGAUUUUUGGCACAGAAGUUUGUAGAAUUUUCCACGAUUCUUCAUCAACCCCGAGUUGUAUCACUAUUCCUAUGCAAUUCAUUUACAGAUACGGCCAUAUUCAAAUAUAAAGAUACUGCUGUUUUGUUCUGGAUUUUACCUGCCAUAGUACUGAGGAAAAUGGUUUUGUCAAAUUUUUCAUCUAGAGAAACGUUCUACGAUACUCAAAUAAUGGAUUCAAUAGAUUUCAUGGUUGAACUGAUUGAAUCAUUAUCACAAGCUGACCUUGCAUCUCGUUUAACUAUAAACUGUUUGAAUAGUCGUGUUAAUACAUCAUUAAUGAGAGGUUUAAAGAGUGUCACACUAAUGGAUGUAUUCGAUGAUUACGCCUUGGGUUCUCCCAUUAAGGAAAAUAUUUACAAGGAAUAUCCUGAUGCCAAACUAGCUCAACUGAAAUCUGGUGGUAAUUUUCCGUAUCUUAGCCGUAGCGAUGAAGUAAAUUUACACUUACAGAUUCAUCUAAGAAAAUAUGAUGGUACUCCAUUUAGUGCUAGUGAUAACAUUCCCAUUACAGAAUAAUAAUUACAUCACAUGAAAAUAUUAAAUUGCUCAAUUUUGAUCUUCUACUGGUCAUUGUACUGAAUUAAAAUAUGCUGCUAAAUAGUGUGGUCAAUUUAUAUAUGCUUAUGGUAUUUAUGAUUUUAAAAAUAAUUGCUAUUCGAUGAAUGACAACAUAAAUUUAUCUUUUUUAUUAUUAUUUUACAUUGUUUUAUUUUUGAAAUGCUAAAAUGUAUGGUUUAAAAAUGAUUUUAUUUUUUUUAUGCCAAAAUUGUAUCAUACAAGGUUUGUACUCAUAUAGAUGUAGUGAAAAUUGAAAAACUCUUGUUUAGUUUUGGUAUUCUCUACAAUCUAUGAAGACUGUUGAUUAGAAACACCAAUAAUGUGGAUAAGCUUAAAUGUGUUAAUAUUCUGUGUACAUAGUUAUUCUGUUUUGUCAUAGUUAUAAUGAAGUGAAAAGAUAUUUCACAAACAUGUAUACUUACGUGAAAUAUAGUACAUAGAAUUUUAUUGUUUUUUUUUUAAUUAAAUUAUUUUUUAUGAUAUUUUUAUGUGCAUUUUAAAC